AUGAGAGAAAAUUUGAAACUUAAAGCUCUUGAGGAAAGUUGUGAAUCAUCUAGUGGCCCGGGUUCCGAUAAUGGUGUUGUUUCAGUAGAUGAAUGGUCUAGGCCGUUUGAGUGGGACUCUCAAGCUGAUGACAUUAGGUUUAAUGUUUUUGGCAUAUCAAAAUAUCGUGCAAACCAGCGAGAGAUCAUAAACACAAUAAUGAGUGGAAGGGAUGUUCUAGUAAUUAUGGCUGCUAGUGGGGGAAAGAGUCUUUGCUACCAACCUCCAACAGUUCUGCGGGAUAGCGUGGCUCUUGUUGUCAGUCCUUUGCUUUCUCUUAUUCUAGAACAGCCUCAGGUCAUGGGGUUGGCAGCUUUAGGCAUCCCAGCUUUCAUGUUAACCUCAACAACUACCAAGGAGAAUGAGAAGUUCAUAUACAAGGCUUUGGAGAAGGGCGGGGAUGAGCUUAAAAUAUUGUAUGUUACACCUGAAAAGAUAUCAAAGAGCAAGAUAUUUAUGUCAAAACUUGAAAAGUGUCACCAUGCUGGUCGUCUUUCUCUAAUUUCAAUUGAUGUAAGUCUACAAUUUUGUGUUUUCCCACUUGCAGUAUGCUAUAGUAGUUAA